AUGCCCUCCGCCCAGGUCGCCUUGACCCUGCACGACCUCGGGCCCCCCCUCCUCGCGAAGGCCGCCGGCCCCGCCGCGGGGGAGGCGUCGCCGCUCGAGGCGCUCUGCAGGCUGACGCUGCCGGAGUUUGUGCUGCUCGACCCGACGGCGCCCAACGUCCCAGAGUGGGGCGUGGUCGAGCGGAGCUGCAGGCCCCUGGCGGUGCUGAUCAUGAACGCCAACCUGCCGUGCCACGCUGGGUGGAUCCGCGACAGGCUGCUGCUGCGGGGGGAUUGGGCCGAGCCGGAUGACUCCGACGAGUGCUGUGACGUCACGAGGGCCCGCAGCCGCGCCGCCCAGCGCGUCCAGCGCGGCGCCCUCGGCGCCGCCCGCUGUGGCGCCGGCGAAGCCGUCCGCCUGGAGUACGAGGAGGUAGCCAACGACGAGGGCUUCAGCGGCGACGAGACCGAGUUCAGGCUCAGCAAGGCGCGGGCCGAUGCGCUCAUGGACUGCCUGAAGCGGGCGGAGCGCUGCGCCAAGGUGGCGAAGGAGACGUGCCUCAAGGAUGAGCUGGUGGAGCUGCUCGCGUCCCUGGGCGGGGAUGGGUGGAACGACUCCAGCGUCCUCAGGCGGCUCCAACAGCAGGCCGAGCUGCAGGCGUUGAGCGAGGCGGAGGCGAUCUGCUUGACCGCCUUCCGCGACGGGCAGGGCGGCGAGGCGGCCCCUGAGGGUGAGCCCCCUGCGCGGUCCGGGGGCAUCACGCUGGCGCGGAACGCUGGCAAGCGGCUGCCGACCAGGGCGACGCUGCUGCACGGGCGGGUCCAAGACGUCGAGGUGGCCCUGCGGUCCGCCGCCCAGAACGGGAACCUGCUGGACAUCACCCACCGGGUCCCCUUCGAGGAGGUGGCGCGGCGGGCCCCCGGCACCAUCCUGUGCCUGGCGGCGCAGACCCACAUGGAGCAGGCGCAGCUCGAGGAGUAUAUCAAGUACUUCCGCUCGAAGAUGCGGGCAGGCGUGGCGAGACUGGACGGGUCUCUCGCGCUCUACAUCCUGCCGCCCGUGGAGGUCAGGCGGGGGGGGGGAGACUCGAGGCCCCUCGCGUCGUGGCAGCACCGCGCCGACGCUGCCUUGCGCCUCGCCCUGGAGAGAGGCUUGCCCGUCGUGACGCCGCCGUCCGUGGCCAUUUCGGCUCAGACCUCGUCGGCGCUGUCGGACGCCCGCGCCGCACCCGUGGUGGCCGUGCCGCGGAGUCGGCUGGCCGAGGGGCGCCCCGCGCCGCCAAUAAGAAACGGCAUGCGGUGCUGGGCCCCGCUCGCCGCCCUCGCGUUGCGCGGGUUCGCGCGGCCGCCGGGCGGCGCGUGCCGCGUGCGGCUGCCGCUGCCGGGGGCCGCGGCACGCGGGUCCGCCGCGGGAGAGGAGAGGGCGCACCGGUCGGCGGCGGCGUGGAGGAGUGGCGUGACUUGCUGGAGCUCGGCGUGUACGGGGCCGAGGACCUUAGCGGUUACAUGA